AUGAAGGAGGCGAGCUACCACGACGAGAAGAUGGAGGCGUACUGCAACGCAGUGCGCCGCCUCGAGGACAAGUUCGACGGGCUCGAGCUCAACCACAACGCGCGCAAGUACAACGAGGAAGCGGACCAACUAGCCAAAAUCGCAUCCGGGCGGACCACCGUUCCCCCGAAUGUCUUUUCCCGUGACCUCGCCAAGCCGUAUGUUGACUUCAAGAACCCUGCGGAAGCCGUCGGAGUGACACCUGGACCAUCGGGUGCUGCGACCACGGAGCCAUCGGCCAAGGACCCCUUGAUGGAGGAGCCCGAGGCCAUGGACACUGACUUCGAGACCUCCUCAGUGGACGAGACUGAAGCAAUGGAGAUCGACGAGGCCCCGCCUCCACGAGAUUGGCGUACCCAGUACCUCGACUGGAUGAUCCGAGGGGUCUUACCCUCGGACCGCGCUCAGGCGCGGCGCGUCGCCAGGUGGGCGAAGUCCUUCGUCUUGAUCGACGAUGAGCUGUACAAGCGCAGUCCCUCGGGCAUUAUGCAACGAUGCAUCUCCAUCCCCGAGGGCAAGGAGCUGAUCCGUGAUAUCAACGCUGGCAUCUACGGUCACCACGCCGCGCCACUCACCCUUCUGUGGCACACCCACAAACAAAUGGCCAAGUGGAGCGUGCCAAUGGCGUGA